AUGCUGUACAAUGAACGCAUGCUUGAGACGUACGUACACGCACGCAAAUUUCUUGCUCCACAUUUACGACAACCAGUUCAGACAGCCAAAUCUGCGGCCUUACGCAAGCACGAACAGUACCAAGCGGAUCAACACAAUCAUGGUAGUUGCACAAAUGAUUCGGGACAGAUGAUGGAUGGUACCGUGUCCGGUUCUUCACCUGCUCCCUCUUCGCCGGAUCUGGAAUCACCACAGUCAGACGAUGAGCUCACUGUGGACGAUGGUGGUAAUUUGGAUAUGCAAAAAGGCGAGUGGCGUGGUACGGGCGACGUCGGCGAUGGAAUGGCUAAACGAGGCAAUCGAGCAAUUAUUGCUCCGGGGAUAAUGUUUCCAACCGUGGCAAAUUUGUACAUCGUCCCGUUCAGUGAUGAGGCACUGUUUGCGGAACAGUCCGCGAAGGCGAACUUCUGGUAUCAGCAGGUGGGUUCAUGA